UCGCCCUGCCUUCUGUCUGAGGACGGUGGUUUCGUUUGUCGCAGUCGGGCUGGGCUGGGUCGCUGUGUGCUGUGUUCGCGUAGUAUUUGGGCGUGUUAAAUAUAUUUUAAUAAAUCGAAGGACGGUGAAUUUUGUAUAAAAACGUUACAUAAUAAAACAAAGAAUAAAAGUGUAUAAUUUUCAAACAGAAGUGCUCUUCCAAGACAGUUAUCAUAGGCGAUGAUACCUUUGCCACUGAUGAGUAAUAUUUAAUAGUACAGUGAAUUAUUUUUAUAUAAACAAAAAUGGGGAAGUUGUUGAGUCUUUUGGCCCGUGACGACUCGAAUUGUUGUUCGUCGCCGCGCUACGAUAUCUUUUUGGAUUUCGAGAACGCUGCGCCCACGGAAACAGAGAAGGAAGUGUACGAGGAAGUUCAGAGAGUUUUGUUGGAGUCUGAGAAGAUUUUGGAGGAGAUACAGUGUUAUAAGGGGGCUGGGAAGGAGAUACGAGAGGCUAUAGCGGAUCCGUCGCGGAUAUCUCAGGAGCGAGCCUGGCGCGCGGUCAAACCGCUGGUGGAUAAGCUGCUGCGAUGCUACAACCACUCUGUGGAGCUACAGCGGGUAGUGCCGCGGUUAUUGGGCUCACUGGUCGGCGGCGCCAUGAGUCCGACGCAGCACCUCGAGCAGCAGCAGGCCCUCGUCAAACAGUUCGCUGAAAUACUGGAGUUUGUGCUCAAGUUCGACGAAUACAAGAUGAAAACGCCAGCGAUCCAAAACGACUUCAGCUACUACCGCCGCAGUGUAUCCCGAGGCGGCCUGAUCAACCCAGACCUACCCCCCGACGAAUCCAACAUCAGCGCAGAAAUCGCAAACCGCAUGUCGCUCUUCUACGCUCAAGCCACACCCAUGCUCAAAGUGUUGUCAGAGGCUACCAGUCAGUUUGUGAACGACAAUCAACAGGAUUUAGAAAACACUACGGAAACGCUCAGCACAAUGGCUAAAGUGUGUUUAAGGAUGUUAGAAAACCCAAAACUCGUAGCUCAGUUCAGCCGCGAAGAAACCUCGCUCCUAGUACUCCGCGUCAUGGUAGGCCUAAUCAUCCUCUACGACUGGGUCCACCCAUCCGGCGCUUUCUGCCGCUCCUCCUCAGUUGACGUCAAAGGCUGCGUCAAGUUCCUACAACAGCAGACCCCGGCCAAGGCAGAGCCUCUGCUGAACGCCCUCAGGUAUACAACCAAACACCUGAAUCAUCAGACGACGCCGAAGAAUAUCAAGACGCUGCUAGCGGCGUGAGGUCAACAUUCCAGCCUUGCAUGUUGCUGUGGGGAAUGAAUCGACAAUAAAUUAGGGGAUUUCUCAUCGGCGCAUUUACGUUGCUGUAGUGUAGCUGCGUUACUUGUUCACACACUGUUUUCAUUGACACGGAAACAGUAUUCCGAGACCACUGUACAAUCGCCAUGAGAUAUAUCGGAACGGCAAAGUUGUUCACAAUAUCUGAACACGCACUCUAACGCCCUGACAAUAGAGGCGUGUUCAGAUAUUUGUGAGGGCCUUAGCCGAUCCGAUAUAUCUCAUGGCGACUGUACAAUACUGUAGUACAGCCAGUGUGAACGGACGCUUAGGGUCUAACACUGUCUGGGGAACCUUGUCAACUUCUGCACUAAAUUACUCACGACAUAAAUAAAAAAUACUCGUAGCCACUACCGAAUACAGAACCUCCUCCUUAAAUUUAAGUUGGUUAAUGAGAUUCCUAUCCAAAAUUAAAUCACAGAGAAAUUAUUUAGUGCAAGAUAAUUUUAGUUUUCUUGUGCAAUACUUAGUCCCAAAUUUUACAAUAGGAAGAAUUGAAUGUUAUGUAUUUGGGUAAAAUUAUGUGUGUCAUCGUUUAAAUAUGUAGUACCUAAGCGGUAAAUGCAUUUUUGCCAUGGUUCCCCAAUGACAGCAUAUUUUUAAAUAUAUUGCAUGAAGUGAAGGUAAAACUAGUUAGUUAUUCGAAACCGAGAAUUUUUACCAUCAUCCAAUAAAUUAUGCAUUGCGCAUUGUAGAUUACACUAGCCAACCGCGUUAGAUUAAGCAGGAAUAGGAUAUUUUAUAACCACACCGUUUUGUAAUAACCUUUUACCAUGUAUAGUAUUGUAGCAGCAUUCGUUGUUUGAACGGAUCUUAAGAUAUACACCUAUACAAGCAA